GUUUCGGGUCGGCGCAGCGGCCGGAGCGCAGCGCACGAGCCCGCGCAGCCCCGGCCCCGCCGCUGGUCCCGCCCGGAGCCGCCGCUGAGCCCGAACCGCCGCCCCCGCCCGCAGCCCCUCCCGCCGCCCCUCCCGCAGCCCCUCCGCGGCGGAGCGUUCGGCGCCAUGCCUAAGAAUAAAGGCAAAGGAGGUAAAAACAGGCGACGAGGUAAGAACGAGAAUGAAUCAGAAAAAAGAGAACUGGUGUUCAAAGAAGAUGGGCAAGAAUAUGCCCAGGUGAUCAAGAUGUUAGGCAACGGAAGACUGGAGGCAUUAUGUUUUGAUGGUGUGAAGAGGUUAUGUCAUAUUAGAGGGAAGCUAAGAAAAAAGGUCUGGAUAAAUACAUCUGAUAUUAUAUUGAUUGGCUUAAGAGACUACCAGGAUAACAAGGCUGAUGUUAUUCUAAAAUACAAUGCAGAUGAAGCCAGAAGCCUGAAAGCAUAUGGGGAGCUUCCAGAACAUGCUAAAAUCAACGAAACAGACACAUUUGGUCCUGGAGAUGAUGAUGAAAUCCAGUUUGAUGAUAUUGGAGAUGAUGAUGAAGAUAUUGAUGAUAUCUAAUCUGGAACAGAGGUUUACAUUCCAACUUUUUUCCUCCAAGGAUUGUUCUACAUUGAUACUUCGAUUGUUUUUUGGGUGAAGUCCCUUACUUUUAAGAAGACUGAAAAUUCUCGGUAAAGAGUGUAGUUUGUUACAUCAAAAGGAUUUAUUUUCAGUGUUUGUUUUAAAGUAUUUAUAUUUCUUUAGAAAUGGGUAAUGAUGGAUUAUCACAAAGGUUCAAUGACAUGCCACAAAUAUUUUGUCUCUUCACCAAUUAGAGCUUUUAUCUCUGGAUGUGAGAUACAGUGACAUGGGCUGUAAAAGACUGCAUUUUCCCCUUUUCUGCUUUCAUCACUACAAUUCCAGUUAAACUUGUAUUUUGAAAUAAAAAUUGUUUACCCUGUAAUUAUCAUGGAUUUUGAUUAAAGGCAAAUAACCCAGUUCAGAUUAGUAUCAAAUCAUACUAUGCAGUGUCUGUCCUUAUACCCCUUGCCUUGAUGUUAACUUUAAAAAAGAUUUUGAUAAUAUAAGAGGAAGGCAGAAAUCUGCAUUUAAACUCUCAAUGCAUGAUCAAUCUGCUUUUCGCAUCUAGUAGCAUGCUGCUAUUUUUAUACUGAUUUUGAUAAUUAAAAACACUCAUUAUUUCAAAGAUGUAAAUUUUCAAUGGUGGAGGGAGUGGUGGGAGAGGAGUAAAGAUGAAAAGUGAGCAGCAUCUCAAAUUUGCAAUUUUUUGGAAACUGCGGCUGGUACAGUGGCCGAUCUGCAGCUGCAGACGGUGAACACUGGGUGGCACCCGACUGAACAGGGAGACAAGUGCAAAGCCUUCACAGCUGGGUUUGUACUGAAAAAUGCAUAAAGUAGAUUUUCCCCAAAGUAAAUGCUUAACAUUCUUGAUAUGUUAAACAUGUAGAAUAUUUUUUACAUUAUAUAAAAGGUUAUGUUAAGAGUAGAGUUUUAUUUUAAUCUGAAAUUCCAUACAUUGUAAGGUGCAACAUAAAAGCUUAUGUGAACUUUGAGUAACAAUAUAAAUAAGAAAAUAAGUUUGUGUCAAAAGUAGGAAGAAUCUUUUCAUCCAGAAUAAAUCAAUGAAGCAGACUACUGGAAAGAUUCUUGUCCACCUUCAGACUGCAGGAACCAGUUGAGAAACUGAAUAAAGACUAACAUCAUCAUGCAAAUAUUAUUUUGUGGUAGCCUUAGUGUCUUUGUCUUUAAUAAUGUAUUUAACAACUCUGAAAGCAGGUUAAUGGAAAAAGUCCUUUUGUGCCAUAAAGAUCUGAUUCUUAACACUUGUAUUCCUUAUACAGUCUUUUUGGUAUGAUGUAAAGUGUCUACCCCAGUAGAUAAAAACAAAAUGGCUUUAAAAAGUGGA